AUGGUAAACCCGACCGACGACGACUUUCCCGGGCCCAAUGGCUCACUUGGUCCGCCAAAUGGGGACUCUGACUCUUCUUCUAUAUUUUCUUUAGAAAAAGUUCAACUGCAAUUUGCGGUCUCCAAUAUCGUAUCAUUUGCAGUAGCAAACAACAUUUUGUGCAUGGCCCUUAAGACGGGCCGCAUCAUUCGCAUUGACUUAGAACAUCCGCAAGACGUAGACGAUAUUGACAUGCCAAAGCGUUCUGCUGAAAUUGGUCAAAUUCAGCGAACUUUUCUUGACCCCACCGGUUCACAUCUUAUCAUAUCAACCACGCUCGGCGAAAACUACGCUCUCAACUACCAGUCUACAAAAGCAAAGGUUCUUGGACGACUGAAGGGUCUUCAUAUUACCAGUGUAGCAUGGAACCCUGCUCAUCCUACGCGUAACACAGGUGAAAUUCUUUUUGGCACUGCAAACGGCCUCAUUUACGAAACAUACAUUGAGCCCUCCGAUGAGUACUUUAAGCGCGAAGAUCGUUAUCUUCGUCAGGUUUGGAAAAGCCCAAAUGGAGAUGCUAUUCGUGGUCUCAACGUUUCAUACGGUAAAGAUUCAAGCAUACGUAAGAUUCUUGCCACUUCUAGUUCUGGCCACAUCUACUUUUGGCAAGGAAAGGUUUCGUCACACUCCAGCCAGGACAUUAUACCCGUUUACACCAAAUUUUUUGAACGCGAAGAACCCGCAGUCGAAUUAUAUGAAGCAGCUCCAGAGUCUACAUUAGCUGUCAUUCCAAAGCCCUCAAAGCCUUCCAAGUCUCAAACACCGAUCUUUGCAUGGUUAACUGGCAUUGGCAUCGUUCAUGGAAAAAUUCCUACAACUUCUUCAGCAUCCACCGCCAAAGAAAUCAUCUUUAAAGAGUCUGAGCUUUUUCUUUCUACUGAACUUGACACAAGUGACUCCCAGGCUCUCAAGUCGUUAGUACUUACUGACUAUCACAUUGUUCUACUUGCAGGGAACAGUAUCUACGCCAUCAAUAGACUAAACAAUCAAGUCGUUUAUCGCGAAACCGUACGUGGCGAGCCCGUAAUUGGACUAUGUGCUGACACAAAUAACUCGACAUAUUGGGCAUAUACUGCCGAAAAUAUCUAUGAAAUUGUUGUUGACAAUGAGGACAAGGAAAUUUGGAAAACAUUACUGGAAAACAAGGAGUAUGAAGAAGCCUUGAGAUUGACUCAAGACGUGUAUUCUAGAGAUACUGCAUUGGUGGCUUAUGGUAGUUACUGUCUGGAAACUAAGGAUUACCCAAAAGCUGCACAACUUCUUGGUGCCUCUAGCAAGCCGUUUGAGUCGGCGGCAUUGGCUUUUAUUGACGCCAAAGAUUACUCAUCUCUUCAGGUGUAUCUAACUACCAAGCUCAAAACUCUUAGCAAAAGCGCACCAAUGCAACGAACUCUUGUUGCAAGUUGGAUUAUUGAGCUGUAUAUGGAGAAACUUAAUACACUGGAAGACUUGGCAGCAGCUAAGGGCGAACAUCAACCCAAUGGCAACUCUACUGAAAGCAACCAUAGCCAGGAACUAAGCGCCAUGAUCAAAUCUUUCCAGGACUUUGUCACAGCCAAUACUGCUGAUCUUGACAAGUCUAUAGUAUACGAGAUCAUUUCGUCGCAUAGCCGUCGCGAUGAGCUCUUGUUUUAUGCCAGCAGCGUCAAUGACCGCCAGUUUGUGCUCAACUACUGGAUCCGCCUGGAGCGAUGGACAGAGGCACUGCUUGUGAUUCAAGCAGAAAAUGACCCCAGACUUUACUACAAGUAUGCAACCGUGCUCAUGGUUAAUGCUCCUAAAGCAACUGUUGACACAUGGAUGCGUAACUCGGAGUUGGAUCCAACGCGAUUUAUCCCUACCAUUUUAACGUACACCAAGGGGUACCGACCAGACCCUAGCCAACCUAGUGACCAAAACCAAGCAAUUCGGUACCUUAAAUUUUGCAUCAACCAUUUGAAAAAUACAGACGCCAUUAUUCACAAUACAUUAAUUGCCUUUUACGCGAGUAACGAUGCGAUGGACGAAGGCCCUCUGGUUGCGUUCUUAGAGGAGCAGGGUGAGGGCCAGGUUUAUUAUGACACAGAUUUUGCACUACGGUUGUGCACUGCGCACAAGCGUGUGCAAGCUUCAGUUCACAUUUAUUCGUCGCUGGGGCAGUACGAAGAGGCGAUUGACAUUGCGCUGGCGCACGACAAUACGGAACUCGCCGGGCUGGUGGCCGACCGGGUGAUGGACGGAAGUGCGGGCGCUGCAACUAAUACCAACAGUAAUGGAAGCAUGACGGAUUCCUCGCAGGUGUUGCGCAAGGAGCUGUGGCUCAAGAUUGCAGCUCAUGUUGUGCGUGGGCAACGCCCAGAUUGGUUUAAGGCAACAGCAGCAAUUCUUGCACGUUGUGAGCUGCUCAAGAUUGAAGAUUUGUUGUCUCUGUUCCCAGACUUUACACAACUUGAUAACUUCAAGGCAGACAUUAUUGCAUCGAUGGAGCAGUAUAAUCGUACAAUUAACUCGCUCAAUAAGGAGAUGGAUGACAGUGUCGUUCUUGCGCAAUCAAUUCGCACAGAGAUUGACCGACACAAGCGCGGAUAUGCGUUGGUGGAACCAGGUGAGCAAUGUUUCCUAUGUUACUUCCCAUUGGCGACCCGCAAAUUUUACGUCUUCCCGUGUCAGCACACGUUCCACUGCGACUGUUUGUUGGAGGUUGUACUCAAGUCAAGCGACUACAAACUCAUUUCCAAGAUUCGUGAGAUUCGUGCAGAAAACGGCACCAACAAGGAGGAGCUCACAAAGCGCAUUGAUGAGGUGUUGUUGCACAGUUGUGUGCUGUGCUCUGAGGCACGUAUCGAUUCAAUUGACAACCCACUUGUGUCGCCUCUCGACAGCCGGGCCCAGGCGGCCGAAUGGGCCCUUUAG